AUGUCUGCAAUGUGGUCUGAAUAUACAAUUAGCGGGGUGAAGAUUAACUUUCCUUAUAAAGCUUACCCAUCACAGCUUGCUAUGAUGAAUUCUAUUCUCAGAGGAUUAAACAGUAAGCAGCAUUGUUUAUUGGAGAGUCCCACAGGAAGUGGAAAAAGCUUAGCCUUACUUUGUUCUGCUUUAGCAUGGCAACAGUCUCUUAGUGGGAAGCCAGCAGAUGAGGGCGUAAGUGAAAAAGCUGAAGUACCAUUGUCAUGUUGUUGUACAUGCCAUUCAAAGGAUUUUACAAACAAUGACAUGAACCAAGGAACUUCACGUCAUUUCAACAAUCCAAGCACGCCACCUUCUGAAAGAAAUGAGACUUCAUCAGCUUGUCAAGACUCCCCUGCAAAAAACACUCUGGCUGCCAAGUUAUCUGCUAAGAAACAGGCAUCCGUAUACAGAGAUGAAAAUGAUGAUUUUCAAGUAGAGAAGAAAAGAAUUCGACCCUUAGAAACUGCACAGCAGAUUAGAAAACGUCAUUGCUUUGGAACAGAAGUACACAAUUCGGAUGCAAAACUUGAUUCAGGAAAGACCAUAAAACUCAACUCUCCAUUGGGAAACAUAAACUCCUUGUCUCCACAAAAACCCCCUGGCCACUGUUCACGGUGCUGUUGUUCUACUAAACAAGGAAACAGUCAAGAGUCGUUGAAUACCAUUAAGAAAGAUCAUACGGGGAAAUCCAAGAUACCCAAAAUAUAUUUUGGGACGCGCACACACAAGCAGAUUGCUCAGAUUACUAGGGAGCUCCGGAGGACAGCAUAUUCAGGGGUCCCAAUGACUAUUCUUUCCAGCAGGGAUCAUACUUGCAUCCAUCCUGAAGUAGUUGGUAACUUCAACAGAAAUGAAAAGUGCAUGGAAUUGCUGGAUGGGAAAAAUGGAAAAUCCUGCUAUUUUUAUCAUGGAGUUCAUAAAAUUAGUGAUCAGCACACAUUACAGACUUUCCAAGGGAUGUGCAAAGCCUGGGAUAUAGAAGAACUUGUCAGCUUAGGGAAGAAACUAAGGGUCUGUCCAUAUUACACAGCCCGAGAACUAAUACAAGAUGCUGACAUCAUAUUUUGUCCUUACAACUAUCUUCUAGAUGCACAAAUAAGGGAAACUAUGGAUUUAAAUCUGAAAGAACAGGUUGUCAUUUUAGAUGAAGCUCAUAACAUCGAGGACUGUGCUCGGGAAUCAGCAAGCUACAGUGUAACAGAAGUUCAGCUUCGAUUUGCUCGGGAUGAACUAGAUAGUAUGGUCAACAAUAAUAUAAGGAAAAAAGAUCAUGAACCCCUACGAGCUGUGUGCUAUAGCCUCAUUAAUUGGUUAGAAGCAAACUCUGAAUAUCUUGUAGAAAGAGAUUAUGAAUCAUCUUGUAAAAUAUGGAGUGGAAAUGAAAUGCUCUUAAAUUUGCACAAAAUGGGCAUUACCACUGCUACUUUUCCCAUUUUGCAGGGACAUUUUUCUGCUGUUCUUCAGAAAGAGGAAAAAAUCUCACCAAUUUAUGGUAAAGAGGAGGCAAGAGAAGUGCCAAUUAUUAGUGCAUCAACUCAAAUAAUGCUUAAAGGACUUUUUAUGGUUCUUGACUACCUUUUUAGGCACAACAGCAAAUUUGCAGAUGAUUAUAAAAUUGCUAUUCAACAGACUUACUCAUGGACAAAUCAGAUUGAUAUUUCAGAUAAAAAUGGGUGGUUGGUUCUACCAAAAAAUAAGAAACGUUCACGACAAAAGACUGCAGUUCAUGUGCUCAACUUUUGGUGCUUAAAUCCAGCUGUGGCCUUUUCAGAUAUUAAUGGCAAAGUUCGGACUAUUGUUUUGACAUCCGGUACAUUAUCACCAAUGAAAUCCUUUUCGUCAGAACUUGGUGUUACGUUUACUAUCCAGCUGGAGGCUAAUCAUGUCAUUAAAAAUUCACAGGUUUGGGUUGGUACCAUUGGAUCAGGCCCCAAGGGUCGGAAUCUCUGUGCUACCUUCCAAAAUACUGAAACAUUUGAGUUCCAAGAUGAAGUGGGAGCACUUUUAUUAUCUGUGUGCCAGACUGUGAGCCAAGGAAUUUUGUGUUUUUUGCCGUCUUAUAAGUUAUUAGAAAAACUGAGAGAACGUUGGCUGUCUACUGGCUUAUGGCAUAAACUGGAGUUGGCGAAGACAGUCAUUGUGGAACCACAGGGAGGAGAAAAAACAGAUUUUGAUGAAUUACUGCAGGUGUACUAUGAUGCAGUCAAAUACAAAGGAGAGAAAGAUGGAGCCCUCCUGGUAGCAGUUUGUCGUGGUAAAGUGAGUGAGGGUCUGGAUUUCUCAGACGACAAUGCCCGUGCCGUCAUAACAAUAGGAAUUCCUUUUCCAAAUGUGAAAGAUCUACAGGUUGAACUAAAACGACAAUACAAUGACCACCAUUCAAAAUUAAGAGGUCUUUUACCUGGCCGUCAGUGGUAUGAAAUUCAAGCAUACAGGGCCUUAAACCAGGCCCUUGGUAGAUGUAUUCGACACAGAAAUGAUUGGGGAGCUCUUAUUCUAGUGGAUGAUCGUUAUAGGAAUAACCCAAGUCGCUAUAUAUCUGGACUUUCUAAAUGGAUACGGCAGCAGAUUCAGCACCAUUCAACCUUCGAAAGUGCCCUGGAGUCCUUGGCCGAAUUUUCCAAAAAGCAUCAAAAAGUUCUUGAUGUAUCCAUUAAGGACAGAACAAAUAUACAGGACAAUGGGUCCACAGUUGAAGUGAUCUCUUCAAUGGACAAUACCCCAGCUUUUUUAUUGGAAGCAGCAAGUCAUCUAUCACCAGAAAAUUUUGUGAAAGAUGAAGCAAAGAUGUGUGUCCAGGAACUUCAGUGUCCUGAAAUUAUCACUAAAAAUUCACCUCUACCAAGUGGCAUCAUCUCCAGAAAGGAGAGAAGUGAUCCAGUAUUCCUGGAAGAGCCUGUCCAAGCAAUGAAAGCAGAAAAAAUUGUGAUUUCCAGAUCCACAAGCCCAACUUUCAACAAACAAACAAAGAGGGUUAUUUGGUCGAGCUUUAAUUCUUUGGGACAGUAUUUUACUGGUAAAAUACCAAAGGCAACACCUGAGCUCGAGUCAUCAAAGAAUAGUGCCUCUAGUCCUCCCAGUUUCAAAACAGAAAAGAUGGAAAGUAAAACUGUUUUGCCUUUCACUGAUAAAUGCGAAUCCUCAGAUCUGACAGUAGAAACAUCGUUUGGAUCAUACCCUCAAUCAGAAACCAUUAUUUCAUCAUUAAAGAUUGAUGGAACCCUUACUAGACAAAAUCAUCCCGAACAUCCUCUCUGUUCUGAAGAAGCCCUAGAUCCAGACAUUGAAUUGUCUCUAGUAAGUGAAGAAGAUGAACAAUCCACUUCAAAUAGAAAUUUUGAAACAGAAGCAGAAGAUGAAUCUAUCUAUUUUACACCUGAGCUUUAUGAUCCUGAAGAUACAAAUGAAGAAAAAAAUGACCUAGUCGAAACUGAUAGAGGAAAUAGAUUGGCUAACAAUUCAGAUUGCAUUUUAGCUGAAGACCUUUUUGAAAUUAGAACUAUAAAAGAAAUAGAUUUGGCCAGAGAAGUGAAAGCUGAGGAUUGCACAGAUACAAAGUUGAAUGGAAUUCUGCAUAUUGAAGAAAAUAAAAUUGAUGACAUUGAUGGUAAUGUAAAAACAACUUGGAUAAAUGAAUUUGAACUGGGAAACACUCAUGAAAUAGAAAUAAAGAACUUUAAACCAUCUCCUUCCAAAAAUAAAGGUAUGUUUCCUAGUUUUAAGUAA